AACCAUACACAGAUAUUCAGCCUCAACCACCAACAUGGCUUCUCUCUCUACUUCUCUCCUUUCAUAAUUUUUUAGGAAUUUGGUAGAGGCUGAUAUGUUUGGAGAUGAAUUUCGUAUGAUUCAAGGCUGAAUUUGUCAUCGGAAUCUGGUUUUUGCCAUUUUGGGUGUGUAAAUUUAUUGCCUUUUUUGUUUGUAGAGAAGGGUUUUGAUCUCUGAACUGGUAUUUCUAUCCCCUUUUCCGGUAGGAUUUUUGUUAAUAGUCUAUAAAGAAGGAAAUUAGCAAGUAUAGAUUUGGGAUUUCCUGUGGCCGAAGUUAUCAGACAUUAAUGUCUGAGUUUUUCUAUGGAAGUAUAGGAAUGGGUGAAAGUUGGAAAAACUGAGGUUGUAUGAAGUUAUUUUUGCUACCUUUUCCAGUCGUGUUACGAGCUUGAGGCCGAUGGAAACAAAGAAGGUGACUGUAUUCGAUAUAGAAGGUGGGGCUGGAAGUGAAAUUGAAUGCAAAGGGUUAGACAUUGAGAAUCAGAUCAAUAUGGAUGAGCCUCACUGUUCUGAGAUUGAAAUGAUGGAAAUGGAAACGGCUGAGACUGAGAUAUCGAGGAUGUGCAAUGAGGGGGAAAAUGGAUCUGAGAUUGUUGGCUUUAGCUCUGAGAAGUGCGAGGGAAGAAGCCAUAGAAAUGUGGUUUUCUCUAGAGAAGCUCCUCUUGUCGUUAAGGAAGAUGCCAGUAGCUCUUGUAGCUGUGGGGCUGAGAAACUGAAAUCCAGAUUGGCUGCUUCUGAUUCUCUGCCUGGAAAGAGUGGGAGGAAGCUCAGUCGACAAGAUAGAAUUGAACUAGGUCGAUUGUUUCAGGGUGCUGUGAGUUCCCAUGACUGGGAGCUUUCUGAGAGUCUGAUCUUGUUGGCUGAUCCACAGACUCUAAAUGAUGCACUGUGCAUUGCUUUGGAUUCAGUCUGGUUUUUGAGCACACAGCAAGAGUUACAUGGAAUUACUGGAUUAAUCAAGAAGAUUAUUGCUAAUGGGGCGUAUGACUUUACUCGAGCAGCACUCAGGACUUCCUUUCUUGCUUCAUGUGUUUCUGCUUGCCAAAGUCGCACAAUGAGCCUUACUGACACUGUUACUGUAAUGGCGCAAAGGUUACAUGAAAGGCUUCAAGAGUGCAACGGGGAUGAAGUCUUGAAGGCUGAAGCUGGCGCUAAAGUUCAGAAAUUUACCGAGUGGGCUCUUAAAUGUAUAAGUUUCCAUUCUCGCUGCCAGGGAAACAGGGGCAGAGUAGGCCACAAUUCUCCUGUUGAGAUACAACUACAGCUAUCUGCUUUCAAGACCUUCCUGGAUCUUGCAGGCAACCAUCUUACCGGGAAGGAUUUUACUGAAGCUUUUGAUGCAGCUUGCUUCCCACUUACCCUCUUCUCUAGCUCAUUUGAUCCUGGAUGGGCAUCAGGUAUAUCAGCUACUGCAAUCCAAGGAUUACUGGGCAUGCUAGUUGAGGGUGGCGCAGACAAUGUUAACCAGUGUUUUUUGGAGGCUUCACGUUUUGGGAGUACUGAACUUGUUCGCAUUUUAUUGCAGAUUGCUCAAAGGAACAGCUUGGAUGUGGAUGUUGAUCUGGCCCUGGGCUUUGCUUCACACUAUGCUAAAAUUGGUACUAUGGAAUGUCUAGUCGAAGAGGGUAAUGCUACGGCUUUCUUGGGUCCUUUGAUGAGAGCUGCCGAAAGGGGCUGCAUGGCCGUUGUUCAGUGGUUCGUCCAAAGGGGUUGCCGAGACAUGGAACUCUGUCUUGCCCUUACAGCUGCCACUUCACGCAGUCAAGUAGGUGCCGCUUCAUAUCUUCUCCCUCACGUUCCUCAGCACGUUCUCGCUGCCCUCAGUAUCGAAAUACUCAAGGCCGCUGGCGAGCGAAGUGGUGGCUCUCUCGAAGGGGUAGCUUUCCUCCUCCACGCAGACUUUCUGGGGGACCCCAUAGCAACCUACGCCGUCGCCGACAGCAUCGCCAGAUCAGAAGAUGAGGCGAUCGCCCCUGAGUUGAGGGCGUUUUUGAAAGAACACUGGUCGGACGUCGCGUUCUUGGAGGGACUAAGGGAAGGAGAGGUACACUUCUCAAACCUAGUCCAGAUUCUGAGAUGGGGCGAGUCGCCAGUUUGUCUGAGGGAUCUGCCCGCCCCGCUGAGGGUGACGAUAGCGUACCUGCCUCUGUAUAGGGAGUGUGUGAAGGCGGGAGGGCGGCUGUUGUCUCAGAGGCACCGGGGACAGCUGGUGGAAGCCGCGAGGCGGCUGGAGGGGGUGGUCCUCGAUGAGCCCGGGCAAAGGAGAGAACUAAUGGCAGUCUUGGAGCAUCAUCUACCUCCAUUUUUCAUCACUGCUCAAGGUUCAGGUGUAGAAAAGUAAUGGAAUAUUAGAAAGAGAAGAGUGUGUGAAGUGUGUGGGAAAAAAAUCUGAUGAACAUGUUCAUUAUAUGCUGAUUUGUGCCCAAUUCAACCUCAUUUGGUGCACUAUGGCUUACAUAAAUCUCCAACUAAUCAAUUAACAGUAUGGUCAUGCUUAAUUUUUACCUGCA